AUGGUUGUCGCUGAUUUCAAAGGGCCGCCGCCCGACGAGCAAUCCCAACCGGUGACCUCGAUUAACGCGGGUCAUCGGCAGACGGUGCCCAUAGCCGCCGAGGAAGACGAUGCGCCUGAGGUCCAAGAUCUUCCUCCGCCAUGGGCUGGUCGACGCAACACCUGCCAAUAUGGCGACGAGUUCCACACCGGACGAGUGUGCAGAGAGCAACGCGGACACGACACGGCCGAGGCCACGUCCACGGCCAACAUGAGCGCGAGUCCACUGCGGAAUGAGAAUGAGCAAGCGGGAGACACUGAUCCGGACAACGCAAGUACGAGCUUUCCUCGGGAUGCCAAUGCGCCAGUCCACGACGCGCCAGUCAACAGAGGCACAAGCCCGGCGCAGGACACUGUGCCGCUAGCGUCACCGUCCCAUCCUUCCGGCAACCGCCCGUUGAGUGCCAACUCCGAGGGCUACCAGCCUCCAGAGCGAAUGUCCACCGAGAUGACAGCGUGGGCGGACAAGGAUGCCGGCGGUUACUGGGACCAGUGCGACGGCGCCAACGGCACCGCUUGCUCGACGCGUGCCGGCUGCUGCUUCUCGGACCGCGGCGGCGUGUGCUGGUCGGACCGGCAGGGCAAGUUCUGCUCCGACCGCGACGGGUGUUGCUUCUCCGACCGUGGCGGAUGCUGUUUUUCAGAUAAUGAUGGGUGCUGCUUCUCGGACGAUCACGGGUGUUGCUUCAGCGGGAUGAUGACGGGGCGCCAGAGGAGGUUGGUUCCCUCGACAGGGACGCUCAACCGCGCGCCUUUUGUUCAGGCUCAAGGUUUUCGUCGUGCCCUCAGAGCUCACAACUUGCCUUGUGAGUUUGUGGCGUAUCCAGAUCAGGGCCACACGCCAGGGCCAAUGUCGUACUGGCUGGACAUGUUGGAAAGAGUUGCGAGAUACUGCGAUAUCUACAUUGCGCCGAGGCACUGA